AUGUAUACAGUCUCACAAGGCCUGGCCCUGCCACAACGAGCAAUGGUACACCUGUGUCUCAUCCUGGCGAUACUGCCGUAUGCGCUCUCCACCACGGUUUCGUCCGUCAGCCGCAUCGCCGGCGAGGUCAGCCUCGACCCCAUAGUCGGCACCGAGCGUCGUAUUCUGAACCAGGUGGAAGCCGACGCAUCGUCACCAGCGUUCGCCUUUGUCAAGGUCGCUGGGAAGCAGUUCAGCGUCGGCGGCAAGGCCUGGUAUCCAGCCGGCACAAACGCUUUCUACGCCGCCCAGACCGACAUCAUGAGCAGCGCGGACGUGUACCUCAUGUUCAAGGCGCAUGCGGCGCAGGGCGUCAAGGUCAUCCGCGUGUUCGCCCACAGCGAUGGCUACGGCUUCCCGGAUAACAUCAAGACUCCGAACCCCAUCCAGCCCCGACUGGGCGUCUACAACGAGAACGCCCUCAUGAGGUUGGACUUGGUCAUUGCUGCCGCCGCCAGCACUGGCAUCCGCCUCGUCCUCGUGUUCACCAACUUCGAGCCCUUUUACGGCGGCAUCCAGUGGUAUGUGAACGAGGCCGUCGGUCAGGGUCAGUCCAAGAACCUGUUUUACACCCAUCCAAACUGCAAGUUGUACUACAAGAAGUAUGUCAACAUGCUCAUCAAUCGUCGCAACACCGUCACGGGUGUCAUCUACCGUGACGACCCCACCAUCUUUGCCUGGAACCUCAUGAACGAGCCCCACACCACGGAUAACUACGAGAUCAACCAGGGCAAGAAGCCUGGGCAGAUCGUGGCCGCCUGGAUCUCUGAGAUGGCUGCCUUUGUGAAGAGCAUCGACAGCAACCACCUACUGACCACGGGCGAGGAGGGCUACCGUGUGAGGGGCGACACCUCCUGCUGCACCAACAACUGGCUGAACGGUGGGGUGAAGGGCGUGGACUUUGACACCAACGUGGCCGACCGCAACAUCGACUUUGCUACCGUCCACGCCUACCCCGACAACUGGGGUAUUGCGGCCAGCGACUACAAGUGGUACGGCCCCAACUUCCUGGCCGACCGUGCACGCAUCGCGCAUGCCGCCGGCAAGCCCAUUGUCAUGGAGGAGUACGGCAGCCGCGAAGGGUACUUGUCGUCUCGUAAUGAGCUGCUCUACUACCUCCAGGACCAAGCCAACGCCCUGGGGUACGCCGGGUCCAUGGUUUGGUCCCUGCGCCACUUGGACUCUCAGACCGGUGGGUACGUCUUCUCGUACAGCCAGGACGGCGCCGCCGCUGUCAAGGCCCAGCUCGCGUAUGCCGCCCGCAUCUCGGCAUCUUGGGGCAAGUGCAGCGAGUCGUGGAUGUCGGGCUACUGCCUGCGCAGCUGCGGUAAGUGCUCCUGCACCGGUGGAGCGACGUGCAGCGAUGUGGCGCCCUCUGCGGCCUACUCCUGCGCCCAGCAGGCGGCCUGGGGCAAGUGCAACGAGUCCUGGAUGGCCGGCAAGUGCAACAAGUCGUGCAGGCGCUGCUGA